UCAUUAAUCACAUGACUUCUCCAGCUGCAGCACUUCUCCAUGAGUCACUUGUUGAAUUUAAAGAAAGGCUCUUCUCCACUCUUUAGAUCAAACUCUGAUGUGAGCUGCAGGCUGUGGUCACAUGGUGGCACCACUGCUCCUCUGAUUCUCUGGCUGUGUUUACAUUGUCUCUGAACUUUCUACUUUCACUUCAGAGCAGCAGAAAGAAGCGGCUUCCACAACAAGUGAUUUCCUCAGUCUUAUCUCCAAGAUUCAAUCGGCUGGGACAGAGCUUCAGUCAGACGUCUGGUAGGAUCAAACAUCUGUGAACACUCAGGUCAUGUUCAGACACGGUGUGGUAGUCCAGCCUCCUCAGUGAUCCAGGAACUACCGGCUCCCUGAAGUGGCCCAGCCAGUUCUUCUCAGACAGCAGAGCAGAGAGGAGGCUCGGCAGGCAGACUGAGACAACCUGAGACAGGAUCAGAGUGAAGUCAUGGCAGAUACAGCAGCUCAGGAAGCCGCUCAGAUCCCCAAAAAGCAGCUCUGCUCUGUGUGCUCAGGUGCUCUGAGCAGAGACAAACCUGCAGCCUGCGCUCACUCCGUCUGCAGGUCCUGCCUCGGGGACAAGACCAAAGGAUGUCCGGAGUGUCUGAAGAGUCUGGACAAGCCUGAACCUGAUGCUCCCAAACAGAACGGGACUGAAGCCGGAGCUCCUGUCAUCCAGAGCAAAGAUCAGCCUGACAACAAGACCUCUGAGGAGACCAAGAUCCAGGAGGACCUGAAGGAGUCUGAGGACCCCAAGAAGCCCGAGGAGGAGGAGAAGAAAGAAGCAAAGAAAGAAGAAGAGGAGAAGAAAGAAGACAAAGAGGAGGUGAAGGAAGAGGAGGUGAAGGAGGAACCUUUAGGUCCUGAUGAUGUGGUGUGUGACUCGUGCAUCGAGAGCCCCUGCAGGGCCGUCAAGUCCUGCCUCACCUGCCUGGUGUCGUACUGCGAGCCUCACCUCCGGCCUCACCUGGAGAACCCCAAGUUUCAGAACCACCGGCUGGUGGAGCCGCUCAGGGACAUCGAGAGGAGGACCUGCGAGAGCCACAACUGGCCCCUGGAGCUGUUCUGCUGCGCGGACGCCUGCUGCGUGUGUCAGGACUGUGUGACCGAGGAGCACAAGGGCCACAACACCAUGACCGUGGUGGAGGCUCGCAGACAGAUAGAGAAAGAGCUGAAGGAGAAGCAGACUGAGAUGGUGAAGACUGUGACGGCAGCUGAGAACGCCAUCAACAAACUGCAGCUGAACACAGUUUCUAUUGAGAAUUCAGUGACCGAGGUACGAGCUGUGAUAGAGAGCCAGUUCGAGGAGCUGCAGGCCAUGGUGGAGAGGGCCAAGAGGGAGGUGACGGAGAUCCUGGAGGGCGAGGAGAAGCAGGCGCUGAGGCAAGCCGACGGCAUCAAGGAUCACCUGGAGCAGAGGUGCACGGAGCUGAAGAAGACGCAGGCGCAGGUGGAGAAGCUCUCCAGGAACAAAAACGACGUGGAUUUCUUACAGGAGUACUCAGAGUGGAAGAAAGAAGCCACAGAUAUCUCCCUGCCUGGAGUCUACAUCGGCCUCAUGGACUGUCUGAACUCCUUCAGCCGCGUGAUCAUCGACUCCACGCAGGAGCUGUGUGCCCAGCUCGUGUCCUCAUACAUAGAGAAGGUCAAAGAGACGUGUAAGAAUGAUAAAACGGGAAUAAAAACAACAGUCAAGGAAAUCAUCGCGAGAAAGAACAUCUCUCUACCAGACCCGGUGAAGCACGAGGACUUCCUGAAGUAUUCUGCCAAUGUGACCUUCGAUGCCGACACGGCUCACAAGUUCCUCCGGCUGACAGAAGAAAACAGGAAGGUGACUAACACCACUCCCUGGCAGCAUCCUUAUCCUGACCUACCUGAGCGCUUUGAGAACUGGCGCCAGGUCCUGGCCACAGAGAGCUUCUAUCUGGGGCGGCACUACUUCGAAGUGGACAUCAGCGGCGAGGGCACGCACAUCGGUCUGACCUACAAGAGCAUCGACCGCAAAGGUAACGAGAGCAACAGCUGCAUCACGGGAAACAACUUCUCCUGGUGUCUCCAGUGGAACGGACGCACCUUCUCCGCCUGGCACAGCGACGUGGAAACCCCUCUGACUGUGGACAAGUACACUCGGAUCGGGGUCUACGUGGACUACACAAAAGGCUGGUUGGCGUUCUACGGCGUGGAGGAAACCAUGACGCUCAUCCACGAGUACAAGGCGGAGAUCCUGGAGCCGCUCUACCCGGCGUUCUGGUUGUCCAAGAAGGAGAACGUGGUCGCCUUGGUGGCACCAGGGGAACCGUUACGCCUCAAAAGCCCCUCUCCGCCGACCUCGCCAGCUAAAUUAGUUGUUGACUCAAAAACAGCAGCGUAGCAUCAUUAAAGGGACAUUUCAACAAAAUAAGACUACUGUUUGAUGGUGAUGGACUUAUGUGAAAAGUCUUAUCACAUUAAACCUGUUUACCAGGACUUUAAUAAUAAUAAGUGAAUGUUCAUCUCAUGUAUAUUUGGGCUCGGUUCAUAUUUAUACUCAUGUGUACGUUUGGGACUACUGUUACUCUUCAUCACACUGUGAAUCCAGAGGUGUUCUUUGUGCUCUGUGUGCCAAUAAAACUUUGAAUCUUCA